GUAUUUUACUAUGUAAGCGUGUGAAUGUCUUCUAGAUGUGCUCACAACGAUGGAUAUAGAGCAAUAGUACAGCUUAUUGGAAUUCAUUUAUUCAUUUGAAACAAGCAAUCAUAAUCAUCUUUGAAAAUUCUUCCUUAAGAACGUUUGAAACAUAUUGAUAUUAUACGCUAAAGUAUGAGCUUUAUAAAAAGAUGAAAAAAUCAGCUUUUACUCCAUAAUCCCAUUGAUUAUUUGAAGACUAACUGCCUGAAAGUAUAUUUAUCAGCUCAAAUAAAAUGUAUCGAAACAGAUGAAUGAUAUUGUAAGGACUUGGAAACCUGAAAAACAACAAGCAUGACAAGAGAAUCAAAUAAAAAUGGAUGUAUUCACUUACACUGACUAUUAUCUUACAAUUUAAAAAGUUCAAUGAUCAAUUAAAACAAAAAUAAUUGUUAAAAAUAAGUUUUUGUUUAAUAACAUCAAUGUGAUACACUAAAUAAUUAAUUUAUCAAUUGAAGUGAUGUUUUCAAAAAAGCAUGCAUAUUUCUAUUUUAAUAUAACCUCUUAUAAUUUAUAUGCGCUGAUAAACCUAAUAAUAAUACUACUGUAAAUACUACUAACAAUAGACUGUCAUAAUGAAUACACUACACUGGGCCAGUGGAACAAAAGCUGCCAACAUAGAUGGCACAAUGGGAGUUUAUGGACAAUUGGACAAAUCGUAUGGUACACGACCAUACAGCGGUAUGGUUGGUGCUGGUGGAGGGAGUACAGGCUUAUGCAAUCCCGCUAAUAUGUACAGUUAUACAGGCAGUGUUUUUCUGCACAACACUCCAAAUGCUCCACUUUGCAGUUCAUCACAGGAUACCUAUGCAACACAACAAAGUCGUAGUCUAGUCGAUCCAUAUGAGUACAACAAACUGCUAUCGUCAAAUGCUAGUACAGUGACGAACUGUAAUCCAGUAAGCUUGUCACAAUUGCAAUAUAAUAUCUCAGAGACGAAUCUUGAUGUAAAUUCAUUAGAUAAUGUCAACAAACAUGAUAAAAUACUCGCUUCAGAUGAAAAACCAGUAGUCUCAUUCCCCCUCUUAUCAGCAACAACAACAGGAAAUUCUGAGUCGGUUGCCGGCAGUAAUAAUAAUGUACAACUUCAUCGAAUCACAGCAAAUUUACACAAAACACAUUAUACUACUGAAAAUCAAAGAGUAGUUUUAAAUGUAUCUGGACUUAGGUUCGAAACACAAUUCAGUACACUGAAAAAAUUCCCAAACACCCUGUUAGGCAAUCCUACGAAACUGGACAGAUAUUAUGACUCCCUACGCAAUGAAUAUUUCUUUGACAGAAAUCGCCCAAGCUUUGAUGCCAUCCUUUAUUACUAUCAAAGUGGAGGAAGACUUCGUCGUCCAGUGAACGUACCUAUUGAUGUGUUUACUGAAGAAAUUAACUUCUAUGAGAUUGAUGAAGACGCUGUAGAAAAAUAUCGUGAUGAUGAAGGUUUCAUCCGUGAAGAUGUAAAAGUAUUGCCAGAAAAUAAAUUCCAAAGGAAAAUUUGGUUGUUAUUCGAAUAUCCUGAGAGUUCAUUGGCUGCACGCUGUGUAGCUAUUUGCUCUGUUUUUGUAAUUAUUCUCUCUAUCAUAAUAUUCUGUGUAGAAACGCUACCGUCUUUCAAACACUACAAAUUUGUAAAUUUAUCUACACACAGUGUCCCCAUAGUUCUUCCAAAUCUCAAUAUUAGUAGAAUAAAUGCACUGAACGAAAUUUUUUCCUCAUCCCUACCAACAGGUGGCUCUAGUUCAAUACUCAGAAGCAAAGAAGACUUAUAUACAGUGAAUGGUAACUGCCAUCAGUAUUAUGAUCCAGUGAGAUGCCUCUUAAUUGCUGAGGAUGACAUUCCAGCAGUUAAAGAUCCUUUCUUUCUUAUUGAAACUAUAUGUAUUGUUUGGUUUACUUUUGAAUUACUUGUUCGAUUCGCAUCUUCACCGGAGAAAAUCGCAUUUUUUAGAAAUAUCAUGAAUUUUAUUGAUAUUGUAGCUAUCAUUCCAUAUUUUAUCACUGUUGGUACUAUGGUCGCAGAUGAAAGUAAAGGUCAGAAUCAAGCAAUGUCAUUGGCCAUCCUAAGAGUAAUUCGACUUGUCCGUGUUUUUCGUAUAUUCAAACUGUCAAGACAUUCUAAAGGCUUACAAAUUCUUGGACAGACCUUGAAGGCCAGUACACGGGAAUUAGGUUUACUAGUAUUUUUUCUUCUCAUAUGUGUUAUCCUGUUCUCAUCGGCUGUCUACUUUGCUGAAGUGGAUUCAGAUCGGACUUAUUUUCGUAGCAUACCUGAUGCAUUUUGGUGGGCUGUAGUUACAAUGACCACUGUAGGCUACGGUGAUAUGAGGCCUGUAACAAUGUGGGGUAAACUGGUCGGAUCACUUUGUGCAAUUGCCGGUGUGUUAACUAUUGCGCUGCCAGUACCUGUGAUUGUUUCUAACUUCAACUAUUUUUAUCAUAGAGAAACCGAAACUGAGGAUAAACAGACAUUUAUACACGUCCAGUCGUGCACCAGUUAUGCUAACCUCAGUAUGAGUAGUCUACAUUCAGACAGCAAAUAUGACAAAGAACAAUUUGCGGAAGACAAAAAUAUUGACUGCAAAUUAUCUGAAACUGUGGUGGGACACAAUCAAUUUCAUCAUGAACACCAUCAAAAACGAGCAAAGUCACUGAAUAGUUGGCCGAAUAUGUAUCCAGAGGAUAAUUACCUGAAUAAAUCGAGUAAAAACACAUCACCGUCCAGAGGAAGCAUUGAACACAAUAAUCUCAAACUGCCGAAAUUAUCUAAUUGUCCUUUACAACCCAACCCAGCAGUUCAACAUUCAACUUAUACUGUUGUGACUUCAGAGAUAAAAGUUAACCCUGAGGAGUUGAAUGACAGCGCAGUUACACAUUGUUUUAGUUUGAAUCCUUCAACUUCUAAGCCUCAUAUUUUUCAAGAUAGCCCCUUUUUAAAAGCUGAUGAGGAAACGCUUCCUAUAGUUUUACAACAAGAAAAGCAACAGGAGAAUUCAACUAGACAAGAAAAUUCUCACCAUACAGAAGUCAAUAAUAAAAUAAGCCGAAGUUUAUCUCUACCCUUGAGUAUUAGAGCCAAAAAAAUGAAUACUCGGGAGUGUGAAGCACCAUUUCUAUCUCCUGAGCAGCCGAUAAUAGGUUGUUUUGAUUGUCUACAUGAAACACUGAAAGAAUCUGAUGAAACACAAAAUGUAGAACAGGAAUGUGAACAAUAUUCAACUGUUAUUCACUACUUAGAAGAUGAAAUCUUCAAACAUCCAGAAAAUCCUCUUGAAACUACUGAGACUGACAAAGCAAGAAAGGAGACAAUAAAAGACAAAUUGCCAAAGACACUACUCUCUGAAAAACACCAACCAGUUGUAAAUACUGACGAUAUUUCAGCCUUCACAACCCUCAAUACAAAAACAAGAAUUAAUCCACAAAUUCGAUUUGUUUCUAAUCAUGAUUGUACAAGAAAACCAAGUAGUAGCAGCAGUAAUACAGGGAAUAUCAACAAUUCUGAGGUAUUUUAUGCCAAUAAACAGCACCAUUCGUUUAAUAAAACGAUUGAGACAGACGUUUAAUGUUUCAUUAUUUAACUGCCUCAAGUGUUUCGAACUUAUUCUAUAUCUCAAUUUAGAUACACUUAUUGUAGUUAUAUACGUGUGGCUGUAUGCAGACAAUAUCUAAAUUUUCAUCACAAUAACCCGAACAAACCCAACAAGUAACUCAAUGUAAGCUGACCACUAAUUACUUCAAAGGUCGACAACUAUUCGAUUCUCCAUUACCCUUCAUAACCCAAACAUUUCUUUGUGAACAAGUAUUAGACUACUGCUUUUUAUAACUAGUAGUGCAAGUGUUUGCUUUAAAUAAUCAGAAAGCGUGAUGCCAGAUUAUUUGAGAUGUACGUAUCUGGAUGUCGUGACUCAUAUUGGAACAUUAAGUUUUUAUAUUCCGUUGUAUAUAAAUCUAAAGCAGGAAAGAGAACGCAUUAUUCAUUUUCAAUAGUUACUUCCAGAAUAUUUUGUGAUUCCUUCUAUCCAUCUCAUAUCCUUUUUUAACGUCUUUGAAAUUUGAAGGUGUUUUUAGCCAUGAAUUACUGUACAUACUAACAUUCACUUAUGAUAACGGUGAAGAAUUUAAACACUGGGCAAAAGUAUUUCUUGAAUUUUCUUUUCAACAGCCACAUUUAAUCAUAUAUAGUCAUUCACACAUUUGUAUUUUUGUAAUGCUUUGCAAAGAUUGUACAUUUUUCCUGUCAUAUUUUGUGAUUUAUACUCAAAAAAUAAAACACUGGGGGUUUUC